AUUAUACUUUCCUAGCUUUAAGGGUAAGGAAAUAAGUGAUUGAAACGUCUUCACACACACAUACAUACACACACAGCCAGGAGCUCCAGAAGAACAAAUCCAUAGAAAAACAGAAGCAAUGGAAAUGUCACAAAGAAAUGUGGAUGGAAUUUCAAAUGGAGCAUUUUAUUCAGACGCGAACGAUUAUGAUGAUGUUGAAAGUAACAAAAGGAAAAAAGAUGAACUUGAUGAUGAUGUUGGAAAAAGCAACAGUUUUUUAAGCAAAAUGGCCAAACCAUAUGACAAAGCUGCAGAGUUCAGCAAGAAGCAUUCACGUGUUCUGAAAUUCAUUAUCAUUGGAAUUCUAUGUGCAGGGUAUGCAGCUUACUUUAUUGCGGCUUGUGUCCUGAACUUUAAUCGUGCCAUUGCUUUACUGGUAAUAACAUGUGUGGUACUUUUCUUCUUGGCUUAUGACCUAUUCAUGGCACGAUUUGGCAAACAUAUUAAACGUUUCUUUACACCACUUGGAAAAUUCUUGAAGAAAUACAAAAAAUGGAUAAAGUGGAUAUUUGCUGCAUUGGUUCUUAUUGGAUUGAUCCUCUGGUUGGUAUUGGACACAGCGAAGAGACCCGCACAGCUUAUUUCAUUUGGAGGUGUCUGCAUGUUUGUCAUUUUCCUCUUUAUUAUGUCCAAACACCACCGUGCAGUGGCCUGGCGGGCAGUAUUUUGGGGUCUUGGAAUGGAGUUCGUCUUGGGAAUCUUCAUUAUUCGCACUGAGCCAGGUUACCAGGCUUUUAAGUUUCUUGGUGAACAAAUUCAGAUUUUUCUCAAUUAUACAACUGCUGGCUCAGGGUUUGUUUUUGGGGAAACCUUAAUUAAAGAAGUUUUCGCUUUUCAGGCUCUUCCUAUAGUCGUGUUUUUUAGCUGCGUGAUGUCAGUCCUUUACUAUCUUGGGCUAAUGCAAUAUAUCAUUCUUAAGAUUUCCUGGCUCAUGCAAGUAACAAUGGGAACCACAGCUACAGAAACACUCAGUGUUGCUGGUAAUAUAUUUGUGGGACAGACAGAAGCUCCAUUGCUUAUCCGUCCCUACUUACCAGAUAUGACAAAAUCUGAAAUCCAUGCUGUAAUGACCGGGGGUUUUGGAACUAUUGCUGGCAGUGUGAUGGGUGCAUACAUCUCUUUUGGGAUUGAUGCAUCUUCACUUAUCGCAGCCUCUGUCAUGGCUGCUCCAUGCGCUCUUGCCCUCUCCAAGCUGGUUUACCCUGAAAUAGAAGAAUCAAAAUUCAAAAAUGAGGAAGGUGUCAAGAUAGAAAAAGGGGAAGAAAGAACUAUACUGGAAGCUGCCAGCAAUGGUGCCUCUACCUCUGUGGGUCUGGUCGCAAACAUUGCAGCCAAUUUAAUUGCAUUCACCGCCUUACUUCAGUUCAUCAAUGCUGCUUUCUCCUGGUUGGGUGGAAUGGUGAACUAUCCAAAACUCACACUACAGCUAAUACUGUCCUACAUCUUCAUGCCUGUGGCCUUUAUGAUGGGAGUAGAAUGGGAUGAAGCGGGUCCAGUCGGUGAGAUGUUGGGCACAAAGAUAAUUCUCAAUGAGUUUGUGGCAUAUCGAAUACUGGCUGACUAUAAAGAUAAUCGUCUGCAAGGUCUUGAGGAAUGGGUAGAUGGAUCCAGACAGUGGAUUUCGGAGCGAGCAGAGGUCAUCACUACAUUUGCUCUUUGCGGAUUUGCUAAUAUCAGCUCCAUUGGGAUCAUGCUAGGAGGGCUGUCCUCCAUGGCGCAGGAGCGUAAAGGUGACCUUGCCAAAGUAGUGGUUCGGGCUUUGAUGACUGGAGCGUGUGUAUCAUUUGUUAAUGCAGCCAUUGCAGGAAUUUUGUAUACACCAAGAAGCCUAGUAGACUGCAUACCAUUUCUUGGAAGCACAGAGGCUUAUGGGAAUAAAACCUAUAAUCUUUAUGUCUGUUGUCAGGACAUUUAUGGGAGCACUCAAAAUAUGAAUGGGACACUGUCAUUUAUAAAUGGAUGGAAAAACGUGACACACUCUACCAUGGCUGUCAUGAACUGCUGCUUCUUUUACAACAAUACAGAUUGCCUUGGUUUGUGAUCAACGUCAUCCGUCUACUAGCUAAUGUAUUAAUGGACAGACCAGCACUGAAAACAUCUGCACCAGGCAUUGAUUAAACACUUUUGGAAAAUCUGAUAUCAGAAGGACUUCAGCCAUGUUGACAUACAGAACAACAGACAUAUCAAUUAUUUAUACAGUAGUUUCAUUGGAUUAUUGUAAAACAUUGGUAAGUCACCAUCCCCCCGCAUAACAAAGACCGAGGUAAAGUGGAAGCUUACUUUCUGUUUGCAUUAUGAAGAACACAUUACGUUUGAAGACCUCAGAAAAACUACCUGAUUGUAUUUUUUUUUGCUAAGAUAUAACUGUCUAAUAUAGUGAAGAUACUUGUGUAUUAUAUGCAUGUAAUGUCUGAUAAUAUAUAGUUAUAAUUGUUAACACUAAAAGAAAAGUUAAAGGGGUUAGCCAAGACUAUAAAAAUGUCCCCCAUAUGCUGGGCCCGUCACAAUGAAUAUAUUUAUCUGGCUCCCCGCUCCCUGCGC